AACCAAGCCCAUUACGAUUUCCGACAUGUGCGGCCCAACCGGCUAACCCCAGCCACCGGAGCCGAACCCUCUCGUCGUCGUCCCCAGCUGCGUCUCCGUCCGUCCAUGUCGUCGUCGUCGCUUAUCCACGGUAUCUCCAUCUCCGUCUCCGACGACGACGAGGCCUCGGGCAAGGUGCGCGUCCGCGUCCGCCGCAAGCGCAACCGACAACCCAUCUCCGGUCGCCGCCGCUUCCUCCGCCGCGCCGCGCGGUUGGGCGGUCCGCUCCUGCUAGCCUCCCUCGCCGUCUUCCUCUUCACCUAUGAGUACUACCGCCUCUACCCAUACUAUUCACCUUCCACCACCUCCUCCUCCUCCUCCUCGCUGCCCCCACCGCUGGCCAGCAACCUCAGCCGCGUCGACCGCGACGCCCGAGCAGCCGAUGGCGCCAGGAAGUCAUGCCUGAAGAUGCUUGAUCAUGAGAUGCUUCAAAAUCUGGAACUUCCUGAAACCCCUGAACAAAAUCUGCCAGUCAAGAAAGUUGUGUACAGGUCCAGUCUGCCCCAUCUUGAAGAUAACAUUUCAUCCCAUAUGACGAAUUCACGAUUUAAUUCAUUCACGGGGUAUCAGACUCUUACUGAAAGAGAAGAAAGUUUCAAGCCGAAGGAAACUACAACGGUGCACUGCGGCUUCUACAGUGAAAAUGGAGGAUUCAGGAUUUCUGAUGUGGAUAAAGAUUACAUGAGGUCUUGUAGAGUUGUCGUAGCCACUUGUGCAUUUGGUGGAGGGGAUGAUCUUCACCAGCCCAUAGGGAUGACAGAUGUGUCUGUUAGAAAGGUAUGCUAUGUUGCAUUCUGGGAUGAAGUCACUCGCUUAGCUCAACAGGAGGAGGGAAACAAGAUUGGUGAAAAUCUCAUGAUUGGCCAUUGGCGGAUCAUUCUUGUGAGAGAUCUUCCUUUCAUGGAUCAACGGUUGAACGGGAAAAUUCCCAAGCUGAUAAGUCAUCGCCUUUUCCCUAUGGCAAGAUACUCAAUCUGGGUGGAUUCAAAAUCUCAGUUCCGUAGAGAUCCACUAGGAGUCCUUGAAGCCCUCCUGUGGCGUUCAAACUCUUCUGUAGCAUUAUCAGAACAUGGAGCUAGGAGUAGCUUGUAUGAUGAGGGUAAAGCAAUUGUUAAGAAACACAAAGCAACUCCAGAAGAAGUUAAAAUACAAUUGGAUCAGUAUCGACGAGAUGGCAUUCCAGAUGACAAACGAUUCAAUGGGAAGAAAGCUCUCGCAGAAGCUUCAGUUAUUGUGCGGGAUCAUGCCCCUCUGACUAACCUCUUCAUGUGCCUCUGGUUCAACGAGGUGGUUAGGUUCACAUCCCGGGAUCAGCUAAGCUUCCCAUACGUCUUGAGGCGUUUAAGGCUCCCCGGCGUCCACCUGUUUCCAGUGUGCGCCCGGAAGGAUCUCGUUAACAGCCUUGGCCACAGGCGCAAGGUGAAGCCUCUUGCCAAGGAGCGGAGAUGAGCUUCUGAGUCUGAAUUUGAAUCUGGAUCUGCCCCUUUGGUUGGGUGUUGUCUGGGAUGGAAUUUCAGUGGUGCGUAACUUGAAUACGGUUCAUUUCUCGUGUAGAUGUACUGACGUAGCGAAAAGAUCAGUUGUUCAGGGUCCUUAGCUAGUAACAGUAGUGCAGUGCAGUGUUACAGAGAAGAGAAUGGCUUCGCAAUGUUACUGAAGGCAAAUGUAGCAUGCCAUUCUUCUUUGUAAAGAAACGAAGAAUUCUACUGUACGUGCCAAGUCGAUGCCUUAAUUCGGGCACAGCGGCACUUGCAUUAUACUCUUCUUCUGUCACUGCUUGAUUCCUACAAGGAACUAAACUGCUUCAGAUGACA